AUGAAGUUCGCUCGCGACUUUAAGGAAACUCUAGCCAGCCAAGAUUUCCCACCGCACUGGGUCAACAAGGCCAUACCCUACGGCCAGCUGAAGAAAUGUCUCAAGAAGGUACAACGGGAGUUGCAAGACCUUGGCCUUGAUCCAGAGACUCUUCGUGCGCUGCUCGACCCGAAAAACACAACAUCUCCUGUCGCUCUGCAAUACAAUUUAAAAGCUGCGACCGAUUCAAAUCUCGUCCGUCCUAAGCUUACCGUCUAUGUUCACAUGCAAGGCGGUGUCGCCGUGGAUGCGUCUUUGACACCCACUUCACGAAUCUUUUUUGAGCGAGUUGCUGCAGAAAUUCGAUCAAACCAUACAUGUACCACCGACAGCCCUGCCGAUGCGCAACCUGCCCAAGUAAAUGAUGGAUCACUCAAUGGCCACGACAUAUGGCGCCAAGCCACUGGAGCCGAUGCCAACACUGGCGAGACAGUUGAGGUCCCCUUGGUCUUUGAUGCCGAGUUUUUCGAUACGCUUCAGAACGACGUGAACAGAUUAGAUGCUCUACAGGUAGAGGAAGAGGGGAAGAUGACUUCAGAAGUAGCAGAGCUUGGCAAGGAGCUUUCACUAGUAUGCCGCACCAGUCGAUUCUCCAAGAGCGACCUCGCUCGUUGGCGGCGCAUAUUCGAGUUGUACCUGGAUGCGGAAGUGUUCUUCAGUACUCAUGAAAGAGAUCAUGGCUCAAGGUCUGGUCAAAAGGCGCUGAAGCAGCUACAGUGGUUUCAGGCCGAGGUUGAAAAGGGCAGUCUAGCAAGGGACUUCAAGCUUCGCGAAAGUCGAACGGCGUUCUCAAGAUUUGUUAAUCUGAACUUGAAUUUGUUGAAGAAUCUUCAAUUCCAGGAACUUAACAAACUCGCUGUUACCAAAAUCUUGAAGAAAUUCGACAAGAGAACAUCACUCGGCGUCUCGCAAACAUUUCGGUCCGCCAUACAAGCUGAGGGCCUUCUCUCAAGAGACAUUGCCAAAGAUAUUUGUGCUCAAAUGUCCCAAGAGCUGGUCACUGUGGUACCCCAGCUGAAUGAUUAUUUGUGUCCGGUAUGCUUUUCCGUGGCAUACCGUCCAGUGCGACUUGAUUGCCAGCAUGUGUUUUGCAUACGAUGUGUGGUCAAAAUUCAGCGUAGAAACGAGAGACACUGCCCGCUCUGUCGCGCAGAUGUUGUCAUGAACGCGUCCGCAGAUAAUCUCGACCGGGUGCUAGAGAAGUACAUGAAGAGGUAUUUUGCCAAAGAAGUGAGGGAGAAGCAACGAGCGAACGAGAUAGAACGUGGUAUUGAGGAUUACGGUCCAGGCUACACACAUCAUGACUGCAUAGUCAUGUAG